AUGGCAAUUGACGCAAUGGAAAUUGACAACCUGCCGCUGCGCACAGCGGACGCAGAGCGCAAGCGCAAAUCCAAAAACAAGGACGCAUCUUCAUCCGCAUCACCAUCCAAAAAGCGAAAGCAAACCCCAUCCUCAAAAGCAGCUCCUCAAACAGACUUCAAUCCCGAGUCUCCAUUCACACUCACAACAGCGACUCUCUACCUACCCUUGUCGCCCAUCUCCAUCUCGCCGACGCACGCGCUGGCCUCGCUGCUGGCUGAGCAUCUCUCGCCACUGCUCCUGACCUACUUCCCGCCACUGAAGGGUGUUAUUUUGGCUUACUCCAAUGCCUCUAUUUCCAGCAAGCCGCCGGCAAACCCUCGCUCCUCUUCGGAUUUGAACCCGCAGCCGCUCACCCUCGCCACAACAGCAGACGAGUAUGGUGUCUUGUAUGUCUACCUGACCGCCACGUUCUUGGUGUUCCGGCCGAAGCGCGGACAGACCCUGGAGGGAUGGGUGAAUGUGCAGUCGGAGGGGUUCCUCGGUGCUGUCGUGUUCAAUCUGUUCUCUGUUGGCGUUGAGCGCAAGCGCCUGCCCUCAAACUGGAAGUGGGUGCCGCCUGGUGAGGAAGCUGAGACACCGGCUUUGACCGAUGACGACUCGGGUUCUGAUAAGGAUAUGGCGGAUUUUGACGCUGAGAAGGAAUGUUUCAAGCCUACUACACUCUCUGAGGACGAGGUCGCGAUUGACGAGGAUGAGGAUGAGUCUGCUCACACCGGUUAUUUCCAGUCUGUUUCUGGACACCGCGUCAGUGGCUCUGUGCGCUUCCGUGUUGUCGAUGUAGAUGUUAUUCCUGGUUCUGAGCGGGACCGUGGGUUCCUCAGUAUUGAGGGAACUAUGCUGUCCGUUGAGGAGGAGGAGCAGCUCUUCGGGUCUGAGCGCCAGGGACAGUCGUUGCCUCCGUCGUUCUUCUCGGAGCCCAGUAAGAUCUCUGGGUCUAUCCCCGUGAUGGAUGUCACGGCGGCGUCGGCGGUGCAGGAGCUCUCGACUGUGGAUGUUCAUCUUGAGCCCAGCCCCAAGAAGGAGAAGAAGAAGGAGAAAACGGAAAAGAAAGAGAAGAAGGAAAAGACAGAAAAGAAGUCCAAGUCUUCCAAGUCAAAGAAGAGCAAGGACGAAUAA